AUGGCACAAGAAAUAAAAGAUUCGUCAGAACAGCUGCCAGCCGCAAUUAUUGACAUUCGUGAUCAAUAUACUAGAUCAAUUAUUAUUAAUUCACUUAAAACUAUCGCUCCACAAUUUCAGCAUUACACCCCUUCGUCGGCACCAAGUUUUCAUGAUGUUCCAAUUCUUUAUUGGUUAGAAUAUGAAGACAUCGAUUUCUCUCAAAUCCUCACGAAUACUAAAACUCAUUUAGUAAAUUCUUACUGCAUCAGAAAGGGCCUUAUAAGAAAAGCACAGAUGAAUUUUAAUAUUCAAAAGCAUGUCGCAAAAUAUCCAAAUUCUUGCUUAAAAAAAUCAACUCCAGAGACCUGGUUUUUUGAAAUUGAUCACAUGGACUACUUCGACGAAGCUCUGGAUGAAAUUUUUGAAGUUGUUCAAGAAUGCAAAGAAAAUGAAUCACGAGAAAGGAAGCAUAAAUUCAUCUUAAAACCAAAUCUGGGCAAUAAAGGAGCUGAAAUAAAAAUUUUUGAUAGCAUAGAACAAUUAAGGGCUGUUUUUGAAGUAACUUGUGAGGAAAAAAACGACAAUAUUGACGAAAAAAUAUUACAAGAUGAUGAAGUUGAUGAAAGUAUAUUUCAUCUACGUGAGUGGGUCAUACAACGAUACAUUUCCAACCCACUUUUGAUAAAUGAUCGAAAGUUUCACAUCCGCGCAUAUGUUCUCGCAGUGUCAAAAAUCAAAAUUUAUCUUUACAAAGAUAUGUUAGCACUUUUUGCACUUCAUUCUUAUAAAUCAAAUGACAUUAAUGAUACAUUUGCGCAUUUAACAAAUACAUGCUUACAAAUACAUGAUGAAUCGUUUAAAGAAUCUGAUCAAGUUAAAUUAUUUUGGGAAUUGAUUCAUCAUGAUUCAGAGAUCGAUGAACAAGAUUUAAAUUCAAUAUUUGAGCAGAUUAAGAAUAUUCUUGGAGAGUGUUUUAAAGCUGUGGUGAGCGAGGUGACACAAUUCAUGCCAUUAGAGAAUGCAUUUGAACUAUUCGGAUUUGACUUCUUAGUUGAUGCAAACAAGGACGUUUAUUUGCUGGAAGCUAAUUCUUUUCCUGAUUUUAAACAAACGGGUUCUAGACUUUCACACGUAAUUUCUCACUUAUUUGAAAAUACAGUAAAAUUGGCGGUUAUUCCAUUUUUCAAGGAAUUACAGGAUCCAUCUAUUAACCGAAAUCAAACAUCAGAUGAAACAGAUUCAAAAUUUUGCCUAGUGUUUAAAACUUGA